UCACCGUGGGCGAUCGGGGAGAGGCACGGGGUUGGUGCCAGGUGUUUUCUGAAGUCUCGGGUCUGUUUGCAGACUGGCAGGACCCCGAGUUUAUGAGGGAUGUGGAGGCGGCCCACGGGGGUGGACCUUGGCUCGUCCAGGGCUGGCAGGAGAGGCAAAGGCAAGAAGAGGAGGCACCCCGGCCUCACCGACCUGAGGCAGCAGGCAGACACCGCCCGCACACGCAUCGCCAAGAAGGUCUUCGCUAAGGCGGCUGUGCAGAGGGUGGUCACAGCCAUGAACCAGAUGGACCGGAAGAAGCACGAGAAGUUUGCAAACCAGUUUAACUACGCGCUGAGUUAGGGGGCACCUGUGCUGUGGUCCCCUCUGCUCUCAGCUCCUCUCCCUCUGCCAGGGCCCCGGAGGGGAGAGCGGACAGGUCUGGGCAGUGGCCUCCGUCUCCAUGAUUGUGUUCAAUGUGAGGAAAUGGUGCAUCUUCUGAUUAAAAUGCUGAGGGUGUGGA